AUGAUGUUUACGUUGGCUGUCUGUAUUCUGCUCAUCACACGGCUACAGUCGGUCGACUGCGGUCCAAUUGUGCUCAGGGACUAUGGCAUCUAUCCUGUCGAAAAUUACGAUACCGUAUUGACUUUCUACUUCAAUUUCUAUAACACUGGACCAGUUCACAAUAGUGCCCUCGUGGAAUUUACAAGAUGCUGCUUGGUCAUUACAAAGGACGACGUCGAUUGUGAUAUUAUGCAGCUGGCUGACCGACAUACCAUUCAGUUGAGACCGUACUCUCCUGAAACAGUUGUAUUUCGAUUCCAUAGCUAUUAUGUUCAUGAUCGAGUUGGUCAUUGUGAGUUUAACUAUGACUUGGAAGACGGUCGUAACAAGCAAAAAGUUCGUGUGGACUUCAGCACUAGUCCUUGGCCUGCCGAGAGAAUCGCGGUCGAAGGCCUUGAAGGUGACAAUCGAAGACAACGGCGAAGUGCGAGCGUAGCAAAAAAUGCCGUCAUGAAGUGCGAUGGAGUAGACGAGGAUCCACAAUGGUACUGUCAACCAGCUGACUGCGUCUUAAAAUACAAGGGAAAGCGUAACUACUACAAUAAUUUGACCAAGAAAUGCGAACCUGUCGUCAAGUGUAAUACACGUAGUCCGGAAGGAACACUGAUUGCUUACUAUGAUCCAGAAACAAAUGAAUGCAACAGUUUGGAAAUGCCAAAUGAAAACGGUACAGUAGCAAUUAGAACCGAGAUGCUGCCAGAUCAAUCAGCGAACAACGGAACAGAGAUGAAUUCCACUUCGUUUCGCCAAUUUUCCACAAAAGAGUUUUUGCACCACACACAGCGACAAGAGGAGAGCAAGGACGAGAACAGCAACGUAGAUAACGAGGACUUACAGUUGGAAUGCAAUCACGGUACUCGUGUUGGUAAUGAAUGCAAGUGUCACGAUGGAUGGAUGACAACAGAGCCGGAAUGGAGUUACGUCAGGCACUGGUGUAGUGAGCCGGUUAGUCUAACAAAUGACAUGUGGGUGGCUGGCUACUACAUGCGCUCGACUGGAGAUGCGGCUGCAGUCAUAACUUUGAGUUUGGUAGCUGCUACGCUUCUAGGAUCAUGGAUCUUCUUACUUGUUCAGUGUAUCAAACAACGAGCGAAACUACAAGACAGUCAACACAGUUUGUUGAGUAAUCAAGACAUCGACUAGGUAGAUGUUAUACUUGGCAUGAAAAGGAAAUCCUGUAAAAACGUCCAUGACUUGCUGAAGAUCGUGUUACUCGUUUGCUUUCUUAGUGUUAUAGUGCUAGCUUUGGUACCCCACUGGCCGCAUUAGACUAUGGCAAUACUUCUGCAUGCAUACCACAAACGCUAUAGACUUUAAUACAGUCCGUAGAAAGCAAUCUCUAGGAGGUGAAGCAU